AUGGUCGCUCAAGUUCAAAAGCCUGCUCCUACUUUCAAGAAGACCGCCGUCAUUGACGGUGUGUUCGAUGAAGUGUCCCUGGACAAAUACAAGGGCAAGUACGUCGUGCUAGCCUUCGUGCCAUUGGCCUUCACCUUUGUGUGCCCAACCGAGAUCGUCGCCUUCUCUGAGGCCGCUAAGCGCUUCGAAGCCCUGGACGCCCAGGUCUUGUUCGCCUCCACCGACUCCGAGUACUCCCUGCUGGCAUGGACCAACGUCCCAAGACAAGACGGUGGUCUAGGCCCAGUCGACAUCCCAUUGCUAGCCGACACCAACCACACCUUGUCCCGCGACUACGGUGUCCUCAUCGAGGAAGAAGGUAUCGCUUUGAGAGGCCUGUUCAUCAUCGACCCUAAGGGAAUCGUCAGACACAUUACCAUCAACGACUUGCCAGUAGGCAGAAACGUCGAAGAAGCCUUGAGAUUGGUCGAAGGUUUCCAAUGGACCGACAAGAACGGUACCGUCUUGCCAUGCAACUGGACCCCAGGCGCAGCCACCAUCAAGCCAACCGUCGAGGACUCCAAGGAGUACUUCAAGAACGUCAAAUAA